AUGGACGCUUGGGAUUCACAAUCUAACCCCCAGCAGGAGGGCGGUGGAUAUCAACAACAGUCCUACAAUAAUGCCGGCGCGUAUAACAACAACAACAACAACAGCAACGGCCCCGGUGCCGGAUACGGAGGUGAUCAAGGAUGGGACAACUCCCCACGUCGUGGCGGUCGAGGUGGAGGUCGGCACGGCGGUGGCGGUGGCAAUGGCGGAUACUACCAAGGCGGAGGACGAGGCGGUGGAGGAGACCAACACCAAUCUCAAUCAGCCGAACAACGAGAAGAGAACCGUAUUCGACACAUUCGUUCGCAACUCUUCAAGCUCGGUGAAGAGAAAGAUUUCCAUCCACCUUCCGAUCUUCUCAAAAUGGCUCGUUGGAUCGAGGACAAGGCAUCGGACGGAGUCGAACCCAUCACUGCUGCUUUUCGAGUCAUGGUGACGGAGCAACCUCACAAAACCCCACUGAUCGCUGCGCUGAUUGGUUUCUUGUGUCUUUCACAACAGGCAAAAUCCCUACAGAGGCAGGCCGAGUCGGAUCAGCAGCCAGAGCUUAGCGAUCAAGAUCAAGAAAUGCCCGCAACGGAAACUACUGAAUCCGAUUCCGUGGGCAUCACUAUCGUCAAGGAUCUCGUCAAGGCCUUUCGGAGCUAUCUUGAUGCGAGGCUCUGGAGGAACACCCGGCUCAGCUUGCAUCUUUUCGCUGCCCUUGUCCCGCUGCAGAUUGUUUCGGCGAGCUCGUUGAGGACGCUUCUGACUUCUUUUGCCGCUGUGUUGGAAGAACCAGCAGUUGCAGCAGCCAGGGCAGAUCGCGCAGCGAUUUGUAUCAUCGAAACCUUGAUUCGUGGCGGUCAGGAUCUUUUGGUUGAUGACGCCGAAAGCGCAAGAGCUGAGCUCGACGAUCUUGUUGCCAAAGUCGUCGCUUAUGACGCUGCGAGGAAGGUCGAGGUAGAACUCACCCGGCCAGUCCACGAUAUCGAAACGAUCUGGCUCGAAGGUUUCCCAGACGCUGUCAAAGCGUUGGAGGAAUGGAGCGCCAGCGAUUACAAGAGGCCUGCUUUCUUGCCUAUGCCCGCCGACUUGCUACCUGCUGCCAUCUCGCCUGAUGCUACCCUGGUGCCGGAGGAGAAACGCGUCGUUUCGCUCCCCGACAUUCUCGUCCCACCUGAAGAGGAUGCUGAACAUCAGGGCCUUGACGUUGCCUAUGCUCAACUUGGCGAACAUCAGGUCAAACGUCGUAAGGUAGACACGGGUAAGGGUGAGCUAGAGGAGAAGAAAGCUGCCGUGGGACCUGAAAGGAUCAGUCUUUCACCUCGUUGGUUUGCCAACACGGUGCCUAGAGCUGGUUCGCCUGCAUCUGUUGUUCUGCGUGCGAUCUUGUCCGACAUGAUCGAUCUGUACGAGGUGAACCGAAAAGAAGCAGCAAAGCUCAUUCUCGACCUCCCCAACUGGCUUCGUCGGGGCACCUUUGGCGGCAAGAUUUCCUCGGAAGCCGGCCUCUUCGGCGAGACGCACGAGCAACAAGACAGUCGUCAAAUCCAGCAAGAAUGCAAUUUCUCCCUUGACGAUCUGCUCGUAGAAACGAUCCUCUCCACCGCACUCGUCCUGCCAACUGCUCCUCGUAAUCCACUCUACUACACUUGCCUCCUUCGCGAAAUCGUAACCCUCACACCCGGCACCAUCGCCCCAUCGCUCGGCAAAACGAUUCGAACAUUCUACAACUCGCUCUCCACCCCGCACUCGAUCGACAUCGAAACAGUCAAUCGUUUCGCCGAUUGGUUUGCCAUCCAUCUCUCCAACUUCAACUUUGGUUGGGCUUGGAAAGAGUGGAUUCCCGACACCUCUCUCCCCUCACACCAUCCCAAAGUCGUAUUCAUGAAACGAAUCGUCGAGCUUGAAAUCAGACUAGCCUAUUUCGAUCGAAUCAAAGAAACCCUGCCGCCCGAAAUUCAAUCGUUAGCGAUGCCAAAAGAGGAACCGGGUCCCGUAUGGACCUACCAAUCGGAAUCGCACGUAUACAAGACGCAGGCGGAAAGACUGAUCAAUUCGAUCAAAGCAAAAGCUUCGGCUGAAGUGAUUUUGGCCGAUUUCGAAACGUUUAAAUCUUCAAUCCUCCCUUCUUCUUCUACAAUUCCUGGCGAGGAGGAGCAAGCAGGGAUGGUGGGGAAUGCGAUCGAGGCAGAAAUAGUGGUGAGGGAUUUAACAAUUCAGUGUGUAUUGCAGGUCGGGUCCAGAUCGUUUUCGCAUUUUUUAAAUAUCGUGGAGAGGUACCAUGCCUUGUUGAGACAGUUGUCCAGGAGUGCUAGGAUGAGAGCGGCAAUUUUAGCUGGUGCGGUUAGGUUUUGGUCAAGAUCGCACCAAUGGGUUUUGAUCGUGGUGGACAAGUUACUGCAGUAUAGGAUUGUAGAACCUGCAGACGUGGUCGAAUUCAUCUUCAACCCCCCUAAGGAUGAACCGAGGACAAUUGAACCACAAACACCCGUCCAACAAGAAGGUUGGGCUGGAUUCAACACUUGGUCCCUUUUACGUAUGACGCUCGAGAAGGUAAAUGGGAGAGUAGAUCAACUAAAGAAACGACUCGAAGAAUCCGAGAGAAAAGAAGCUUACGAAAGGGAACGAAAAGAAGCUGCACUCGCCGCCGGUCUUCCGCUCGAUUCUGAAGGCGAAAAGUCAGAAGAAAAGCUUCUUCCUCUUUUCCCCACAAGUGCAACCCUACCCAUCCGACCGAAAGAAGAAACAAAAACAGAACUCUCCUCAACAGAAGCACUAGCCAGUCUAGAAGCAAUCAAAACAGAACAACGCAAAGUCCUAAUAACCGCAGUGAACGGCUUUAAAAACCUCAUCCUCCAUCCCAAAAUCCAAACACCCCACACACCACAAUACCAAUCCUGGUGGAUUGAUGGCUGGUAUACCGUCUUACUACGCACUUUCAACAAACACUUACUCUACAACAGUCAGACCCUACUCAUCAACUGCUUCCAUCCCAAAAACGACCACCCCGACUCCAGGCUACGCGACAGGUUCGAGAGAGCUAUUGACUUGCUUUCCGAGUAA